AUGACAGGUACGUUUGAUCUGGAACACUUGAUUCCAGUCCUGCCGAUUCCAGAUCUGGACUCGACAUUUGAACAACUGGAAGCUUGUAUGAAGCCUUUGAACGUGGCAGACGGUUACUAUAAACAUUUUUUGCAAGCUGGAAAUUACUAUCAGCUGUACAGGGCAGUCUCUCGAUUUUUGAAGUCGAAGGUAGCCCAAAAACUUCAAUCAAAAGUGCGGGAGCUGAACGAGCUAAGCUCCCAUGUCUUAGACAGCUUACAGUUGGACACCUUUAGCCACGCUUUGACUGCUGAGAUCGAAGGUGAUGUCUUGCCGCGAAAUCCAUUUCUCGUUCUAUCUCCGGAUGCACUUGAAGGCAUCUCCCAACAAAAUCGUGCUGGCGUUCUUUGUUACUCCGCUCUCAAAUUCAUCUCUGCCUUGCGCCAUGGGAUAUUACCUCCUGAUAAAGACUCAUCAGGAAAACCUCUCUCCAUGCUGCCGUACGUGACUCUGUUCGGGACGACACGAUCCCCUUUUCUAGAAUCGGACGAAAUUCCCAGCUUUGGUGAAGCUCCAUCAAAUGGGCACUCAGCAACCGAUCUCUGUGCACGCCAUGCGAUUUCCAAAGAGACGCAUUUAGCUUCUAAGCAUAUCGUGAUCAUAUCGAGGGGGCAAUAUUACAGUCUAGACGUCUUGGAUUCUGACAAUAGACCUCUCUACGACGAUGACAGUUUAUCACAAGUUAUGCAUUCUGUUCUUCAAGAUUCUUUUGAACCCAAAAAUCUAGCGAACAGCACGAGCCUGGGGAGCUUUACUGCAUAUUCGUUGAAGCGUUGGAAGCACGCUCGCAACCUUCUUAGGGAGAAGUGCGCGACUCAACUCGCCAUCAUCGAUUCAGCACUGUUCGUCUUGAUCUUGGACGAAUCUUCAUCUACUUCUGACAUAUCCCGUGAAUGCAAGCGACUAUUUUACGGAAGCAGCCUUAUAGGCGAGGACGCAAAUCAGCAGGGCUCAUGUUGCUCAAGAUGGUAUGAUAAGUUGCAGCUGGUUGUCACAAAAGACGCCAAAGCCAGCGUGAUAUGGGACUCGCUGACUUGUGAUGGCUCGGCAGUAAUGAGGUUUGCGUCUGACAUGUUCGUAGAAUCGGUACUUCGCCUUGCUCGCGAAAUCGAUGAUAGUACUGUGUUUUCCCUGUGGCCUAUCACCUCUAAAAUCGAUACGUCAAACAUCAAAGGUUUCCACAAGAUCAAUUGGGAGUUCUGCGAGGCUUUGAAGGAAAGCAUAUCUAUCUCUGAGAGUAAUCUGACUGAUUUAAUAUGCAGACAUGACAUAGUGCAAAAAGAGAUCCCCUACGGACGAAACGUCGCUCGUCGCCUGGGUGUCAAUGCAGAUGCCAUGAUUCAGGUGGCCAUACAAAUUGCUCACUAUGCUCUGUAUGGGAAAAUGGCGUCUACAUUUGAGCCAGUCUCCACGAGAACUUUCCGCAAUUCUAGGUCUGCGUUUGUUCCAGUUCAGAACCAACAAAUGUUCGAACUGUGUCAAAUUUACAAUUCCAACGCGUUAGGCAGACGAUCUAAACUCGAAAAAUUCACAGAGGCAUGCGAGAGGCAUCUUCAAAGUGUGCAACUGUCAAAGCGUGGCCAAGGAUUCGAAAAACACUACAAUAUUCUCCGUUAUCUUUUCCAGAAUCAUGAGGAAUACCAGAUUGAACUGGACGCACUUGAUUUAGAAAUAGCUUCUGAUGUUUUUGAAAAUGCUUCUUUAGAUCAUUUGUCCAGUCCUGAAAUAAUUGCGGCUCAUUGCGGAAACUCUGCAAUCCGGGAAUUUGGAAUUAACCCUGCUGUUCCGCAAGGUUUUGGAAUAGGCUAUAGUCUGGAGCCUGAUCGAUGCGAUCUCACAAUUACUUCUCAGUUCAGACAGGGAAAUCGUUUUCUGACGACUUUAAAAUACAUUCUUGAUGAGAUCGUAUCAUGCAAGGUUCAGUUUGAGAAAACCCCCGCUUCUACGGCUUUAGAAAGUGACAAAAUUGGUAGUACUUGUCUACUAGAUAUUUAUCGGCAGGCUGAUUUGGGACAGGAAAUAUGCUCAAUCAAAAAUCUCAUACCUGAAGCAGACAAUGUCGCUGAAGCUUGGGAUUUUCGGGAGCUAAAUGGCUCUGCGAGUAGCAAGAGGUCUACGCAACCAGCGUCGGCAGAUUUUUCAUCGUGCAAAGCAAGCAGCAGGUCAAGGCGCUCUAGUUCAAUUACCAUGGAUUACGCCCCCGCGUUUUUUACAGAUAUAGAAAGGAACUCCGUUGGCCGCGAAAUCCCUCUGGCUGACUUAGCGCCCGCUUGGUGA